UCUAGCGGACGAUCGACGACGAUCCGCCGACGUGGUGUGUUAUCAUUUUUUUUCUCUCCCCUCGAACGUCGACGUCUAAAAAAUUAAGCCAACCCAUCAUCAGCAGAGGCUGUUUAAAGUGUUGUUUCGACCGGUGGUGUACUUGUGUGGUCGAGAACAUUUUUUUAAGAAAAAAAACAAGACCAUGAAAGUCACCUACGGAGUUAUCGCCUGCCUCCUGGCGAUUGUAGCCGGGGCAAGUGCCGGUGGUUCUACCCUCGUGCUCCUCGACAACUACGUUAUCAAGGAGACCCACUCGAUUUUUUUCAAAAAUCUUGAAGAUUCUGGCUACACGCUCACAUUUAAAUUGGCUGACGAUUCUAAUCUGCUACUGUCUAAAUAUGGGGAUUUUCUUUACAAGCAUCUUAUCAUCUUUGCCCCAACUGUAGAAGAGUUUGGUGGUUCUUUGAGUGUGGAUGCUAUCACUCAAUUCAUUGAUGGUGGUGGCAAUGUUCUUGUUGCUGCUUCAUCCCAAUCUGGAGAUGCUCUCAGAGAUUUGGCAUCUGAGUGUGGAUUUGAGAUGGAUGAAGAAGGUACUAGUGUCAUUGAUCACAUGAACUACGAUAGCUCUGACACUGGCUAUCAUACAAUGAUUGUUGCUGAUCCUGAAAAUUUAAUUGAUGCCCCGGUCAUUGUUGGCAAGAAAAAUAUCGUACCUAUGCUCUACAAUGGAACUGGAAUUAUAGCCAAUUCAGACAAUCCAUUGGUCUUGAAGUUGCUGACUGCAUCAAGCUCUGCUUAUUCUUACAAACCUGAUCAACAUGUCAAGGAAUACCCACAUGCUGUUGGCAGAAAUACUCUACUUAUUGCUGCUUUGCAAGCUAGAAACAAUGCUAGAGUUGUGUUCUCUGGAUCCCUGUAUUUUUUCAGUGAUGAAGCUUUUGAAAGUUCUGUUCAGAAAAAUGGAGAUACCAAAAAAUACGAAACCUCUGGAAACCAGGCUGUUACGGAGGCCAUAACAAAAUGGGUAUUCAAAGAGAACGGAGUGGUCAGGGUGUCGUCAAUUAAUCACCAUAAGGCUGGAGAAAAAGAGCCACCAGCUUCGUAUACCAUCAUGGACGACGUGGUGUAUACAAUCACUGCUGAAAAACUUGAUGGAGACAAGUGGAUUCCAUUUGUUACUGAUGAUCUCCAGCUCGAAUUUGUGAGAAUCGAUCCAUUCAUCAGAAAGACGAUGAAGCACGUUGGCAACGGACGGUACGAAGCUCGUUUCAAAAUUCCAGACGUUUAUGGAGUCUACCAGUUUAAAGUCGAUUACACUCGCAUUGGCCUCACCUACCUGUACAACACAACACAAGUCUCUGUCCGACCUCUAGAGCAUACUCAGUAUGAACGCUUCAUUCCAAGCGCCUACCCGUAUUACGUUAGUGCCUUUUCGAUGAUGGUUGGCGUUUUCUUGUUCUCUAUUGUCUUUCUGCAUUACAAAGACGAUACAAAAUCCAAAACUGAAUAAACAGACAAUUCAAGAAAAUA